AUGCGGCCAUCCGCUCGUCUACGCCAAUCGCCCGAUCUGCCGUCGACCGCCACCACCCCGGCGCUCAGACGCAUAAAACCACUCAUGAUCUCAAAGUCAAAUAAUGUCCCCGCGGUCUCAUCGCCGUCAUCAAACGACUCGAAUGCGCUCACGUUUCCCCCGCCGCAUGUCGUAUUGCAUCCCGACGACGCGUCAAAUAAGGUCUUCUUAGCGAUCGGCCGUUCUCUGCUCGCGGUGAACAAUAAGGCCGUUACCAUCAAAGAACUCGCGGAAAUGACCCUCAAGAACGGAUUGCAUUGCCAGAAGUGCGUGCAUAUAUCACCUAACCCUAUCUUAGGAGCUUACCCGUCCUUCCUGUAUGCAGCGUGUCCGCCGCGUCCCAGGCUAUCACCACCUUCAUCCGCGCGCACAUGCAUCGAUGUGAUGUCGAGCAAGAUCAUCCCCUUGCUCCUCCGCCACGUGCUGUCGGGCACACCCUCGGACGACGACCUCCUCCCCGCCCUCCACUCGCGCUCGGGCGGCGCGCACUGCAAUCCGCCCACCGGCGACAACCGGCUCACCAACUUUCGCAAGGGCACCAUGGUUUGGUACCUCAGCAAGGCCGCCGGCGCGCCGUGCCCCUUCAGCCGCGCCGGGAUCAGGCUGUGCGACUACGGCGAGAACGGGAAGGUGGGGUAUAUGCCGACGACGGACAGGGAGAAGAGGGAGAGGGACCGUGCUAGACGGGCGGCGAACCGGGGGCUGAAGAGGAAGAGGCUACCCAGAGCGUGCGCGGACAAGAGCGCGGCGUCGGAUUCGGGCUCGGACGCGGAGAAACCGCCGCCGAAGGUGAAGCUGACGCUGCGCCUCAAGCCGAGCCUCAUCCGGGCGAGCUUGUCGCCUUCGACGCCGUCGCCGUCUUCCGUGUCGCCGACCGCGUCUGCUACUCGAUCAAGAGAAAUCGUCGACUUGUCCAAGAUGUCCGACUCGGACUCCGACUCGGAUGAUUCUGACGAUUCUGGGGAU